AUGGUGACUUCUUUCUCAGGGCGCGAGCAUACUGGAUGGCGUUGCUGCGCGCCCCGGUUCCAGAAAGAACCCGCCAUCGAGCGCUUCUUCAAGCGCUUCUUCGAGCUCUUCCCCUCUAUGACCCCCAUUAUCAACGCCUUUUAUAUGGCGUUGUCUUAUUACUGGGGGUCAGCGAACGGGUUGGCUCUAUUGGCUCUCUUCGCCACGGGAUGGUCGCAUGUUGUUAUUGUCAUCGCCGUGAGACUAUCAUGGUCUGACCCUUCUGGCCCGUACGCGGAGGAAGGGGAAUGCCUGGUUGAUUACCGGCCGACAUUAUAA